AUGGCUUGGAUCUCCUACGCAAAUUUUCCCGGGUCUUUAGAGGCUUCUGGCCAGACAAGCGAUACUAUCAACAGCGGCUCUAUCCACACUAUUUUCACUCGAGAUAUAAAGACUUCGGACCACUCAGCAUCACCUUGGAACAAUCACACCCUCGGAAACAAGAUUGACACGGAUGAUAAGAAAGAUAUGAUCUCGUUAAAAGCCUGUUCUGAAUAUGGCUCUUCGGUUGCCGCUCGACCUUUGAAGAGGAAAAAGGUUGCAGAGGUCCACUCAGCAGCUCGACCAAAGAGCUCUCUUCUUCCUACGCCCUAUCCAUUUCCUCCUACUAUUUCCGAUCAACUGUCUCUGGUCGACUACUAUGACCCGGCCUUUCUGAUCCAACCCCUCAAACUUCCAGAACCCAGCCACUCGAUAAUCAACAUACCAAAUCAACCAUUGCAGCAUCAGGAAGCGUGCGACAGUUGUCUCCAGAACCCCAUCUUCGACACCUCGGCCCAAUACUGGCCAAUGCUCGAUCCAAUCUGCCAUCUCACCCCCAACAUUGGUGUACCACAAUCCCAACCACUUGCCCCAGAUUCACGAUUUAAUAUGCACUUUCCCUUGAUGCCGCUUGAUAGCAUGGCUGCUCCCAGAACACCAGUCUGUUCACUCCCAAAUCCAAUAACACCGAAGGCGGAAGCGGCUCAUAACCCGACUCGGAGUUUUAGGUUGGCCUGA